AUGGGCUUUUUCUCUGAUCCCGCUGCCCUCCCUGCUGCCAACGCCGCUGGAUCUCCUGCUUCCUCCGGUCGUUCGUCUCGCAAAAAGCGCACAGGUGACAGUGGCACCAGUCGCCGUCGUCGCAAGUCUUUGGAACGACCAGCGAGGGAUGCUUCCACUACGAUUCCCACCUUGGCCGAAGCAACGGCACUAACCAACAAGGGACGCAGUCAGAGACGCACUUCCCAAACCAUGAUGAGUGCUUCCAUGCCAUCAGGAAGCACCAGCAGUCGUCGACGCAGCAGCGGUAUCGGUAUGUUAACUGCGGCCAUGAGUGAGGCACUCAAUGCCUCCUUCAUGGAUAGUGGCAGUGGUUCCUUUAACGAGUCCAUGAACAACAACGUAUCCAUGCAAGACCACUUGAUGGAAAUGGAAAGUUUUGUACGACAUGUCAAAGAAGCGGAUCCCGAAAAACGAAACAAAAUCAUGCUCAUGGCGACACAAGAAAUUGACGAGUCUGCGAAUAGUAAUUGGUAG